AUUGUUUUUCAUUGCACUAUCAUCACUGGCAUCCAUUUGCACCGAAGGCAAACCUUCUUGCUGCAUUCUUGCAUCCUGCGAACUAUACAUUCCAGCCGGAUCACUUCCUAUACGCUACAUCUCGCGAUUGUCACACAGCGUCGCAGUCUGGGCUGCAGUCCAGGCGCACGUACUUGCACACGACACAUUCUGAAAUGCUUCGAUGCUAGGAUUGCGCUUAUUUGAUUUCGCUUCGUCCUGACAAAACAGCUUGUACAAAAGCUUACGCGGCGGCGUUCGUCACCCUCCGGCAAUGCUCCGACCUCCAUUUGCCUAAACAGCCUUGCAUGGUUAAGAAUUGUCUGAAAGAGGAGAGUAGCUGCUCAAGGCUACAGCUAUUGUGCGAAGCAUUCUUAGUGUGAUCCUCUUUCGCAUGUCUGCAAACACAAUGCAUUUGCCAUUCGAAUUAAUCUUGUACGCCACACUCCACACGAGGCCUGCAAUAGCCCUGUCAGUAUUCAAAAGAGACGUCGAUUUCUGGACUGUGCGAACGAGGCUUGAAAGGUCCUACGUAUAUCCCGAGCUCGACAAGCCAGGCAAAUACUUUCAUGAAGCUACCUUCGAUAAGCACUACGAUGGGCGCUUCGCAGACAGACCGCUGCGAUACGACGAGAGACAAGAACAUCUAUCCGCAGCUGUCCGUGCCUAUCUAUCCAAGAUGCACGAAAUAGGCAUUGAAACUUGGCUGAUGCAUGGCACCCUUCUCGGAUGGUACUGGAAUCGCAAAGCAAUGCCAUGGGAUUCCGAUGUGGACGUUAUGAUUUCCGAGUCAUCAAUGCAUUACCUCGCGAGCUAUUAUAACAUGACUAUGCACCAUUUCAAAACGCCUGGAAGCGAGAAAAGACGCUCAUAUUUACUGGAGAUCAAUCCGCAUUGCUGGGAGAGCGGCCUUGAUCAAGACAAUAAGAUUGAUGCACGUUGGAUUGACACAGAUGUCGGUCUAUUCAUCGACGUUACCGUACUGCGUGGAGAUCCAACGACGGAGUUUCGCGAAGCGAUGUGGGUCAAGGACAAUCACCACUACGCAUAUGACGAUAUUUUCCCUCUGAGAGACACCGUGUUUGAGGGCACGCCUGCACUGAUACCAUUUGCGUAUCCGGACAUUCUGAUUGAGGAGUACGGGCAUCAAGCAUUGUCGAAUAGGCACCAUGAGUUCCAUUAUUUUGAUGCAGACCAGAAAGCGUGGCUGCCGCAGAAGCUGGCUGUCACGACUUCAAAAUACGAUCAAAGUUGAAUUGCCGA